CGCGCGGGCGGCGCGAAGCGGCGAGGCUCGCGCCCCCGCCCUCCAGGUUUCGCGGUUGCCAUGACGACUGGGAAGCCCGCAACGGCGGCGAGGACCAGUCGUUGAGGCUGCGAGGCCAGUCAGGCCCCUCGGGACCUCGCCUGAGUCUGCUGGGCCCGCUGCCUAGAGAGACCCAGCUCCAUCCGAACAGGGACUAUGAGAAAAUGGUCGGGCAAACGAGGAAUAAACUCAAAGAAGCGACUUCAGAGCCACCUCAAUCUACUCGCGCCUUGCAGUCGAAGCGGCGGCGCAAGGCCACCGGAGCCGGAGCCGGGGAGCCCGAGUUAGAGAAAGAGCUGCAGGAGGAGAUGGAAAAGCCGGAGCUGCUUCUGCAGCCCUCGUCCCUAAGCGGCAGAAACCUGCCAGGGGGCUCCCGGGAUUACACGCCGCGGAAGAUCCGAAAUUUGAACUCGCAAAACUGCUUGCAUCUGGAACAGCUCGCCAAAACACUACUUUUCGGCCGCUUUCAAUUUCUCUUCUGUUUCCUGGAACAGGUCCGCGAAAAGGUGCACGUAUUGCAGACCCUUAAGGUCUCUAGCAGGACCACCGUCAGCAUAGCUGCUAUUGUGGGAAUUUUGCACUGGAUACAUUUAAUAUCACUUUUUGAAAAUGACCGUCAUUUUUCUCACCUCUCAUCUUUGGAACGAGAGAUGACUUUUCGCACUGAAAUGGGACUUUAUUAUUCCUACUUCAAGACCAUUAUUGAAGCACCUUCAUUUUUGGAAGGACUGUGGAUGAUUAUGAAUGAUAGGCUUACUGAGUAUCCCCUUGUAAUUAAUACAGUGAAACGCUUCCAUCUUUAUCCAGAGGUAAUCAUAGCCUACUGGUAUCGCACAUUCGUGGGAAUAACGGAUUUAUUUGGGGUAGAAACUAAGACCUGCUGGAAUGUCACCAGAGUAGAACCUCUUAACGAAGUUCAAAGCUGUGAAGGAUUGGGAGACCCCGCUUGCUUUUAUGUUGCUGUGAUUUUUAUUUUAAAUGGACUAAUGAUGGGAUUAUUCUUCAUAUAUGGUACAUACCUGAGUGGGACUCAGUUAGGAGGUCUAAUUACAGUACUGUGCUUCUUUUUCAACCAUGGAGAGGCUACCCGUGUAAUGUGGACACCACCUCUCCGUGAAAGUUUUUCAUAUCCAUUCCUUGUUCUUCAGAUGUAUAUUUUAACUAUGAUUCUCAGGACCUCACACAAUAAUGGAAAACAUUUCAUUGCACUCUGUGCUUCCAAUAUUGCUUUUAUGCUUCCCUGGCAAUUUGCUCAGUUUAUACUUUUUACACAGAUAGCCUCAUUAUUUCCCAUGUACGUUGUGGGGUACAUUGAGCCAAGCAAAUUUCGGAAGAUCAUUUAUAUGAAUAUGAUUUCACUUUUCCUUUGUUUCAUUUUGAUGUUUGGAAAUCCAAUGUACUUAUCUUCUUAUUAUUCUUCAUCUUUGUUAAUGACAUGGGCAAUAAUUUUAAAGAAAAAUCAAAUUCAAAAAUUGGGAGUUUCUGAACUCAACUUUUGGCUAAUUCAAAGUGGUAUUUGGUGGUUUGGAACUGUCGUUUUGAAAUUUCUGACCUCUAAAAUCUUAGGUGUUUCAGACCAUAUUCGCCUGAGUGACCUUAUAGCAGCCAGAAUCUUAGGGUAUACAGAUUUCGACACCUUAGUAUAUACCUGUGCUCCUGAAUUUGACUUUAUGGAAAAAGCGACUCCACUGAGAUACACAAAGACAUUAUUGCUUCCAGUUGUUUUGGUGAUUACUUAUUUUAUCUUUAAAAAGACUUAUCGUGAUAUUUUAUGUGUCUUAUCUACAAACACUUAUCUAAGAAAACAGCUCCUUGAACAUGGUGAGCUGGUUUUUCACACUUUGCAGUUGAUGGCAUUUACUUCCCUUGCUGUUUUGAUUAUGAGGCUGAAACUGUUUUUGACACCACACAUGUGUAUUAUGGCUUCCUUGAUCUGCAACCGACAGCUCUUUGGCUGGCUUUUUUGCAAAGUUCAUUUUGCGAAUGUUAUCUUUGGCAUUCUGACAGUGAUGUCAAUACAAGGUUGUGCAAACCUCCACAAUCAAUGGAGCAUAAUAGGAGAAUUUAAUAAUUUGCCUCAGGAAGAAAUUAUACAAUGGAUCAAAUACAAUACCAGACCUGAUGCUGUUUUUGCAGGUGCUAUGCCUACAAUGGCAAGCAUCAAACUGUCUACACUUCAUCCCAUUGUGAAUCACCCUCAUUAUGAAGAUGCAGACUUGAGGGCCCGAACAAAAAUAGUUUAUUCAGCAUAUAGUCGAAAAUCUGCAAAAGAAGUGAGAGAUAAAUUGUUGGAGUUACAUGUGAAUUAUUAUGUUUUAGAAGAGGCAUGGUGUGUUGUGAGAACUAAGCCUGGUUGCAGCAUGCUUGAAAUCUGGGAUGUUGAAGACCCUUUCAAUGCUGAUAACCCUCCCCUAUGUAGCAUCCUGCUCAAGGAUGCAAGGCCUUACUUCACCACAGUAUUUAUGAAUAGUAUGUACAGAGUAUUAAAGGUUAACUGAGAAUUACACUGUGGUGCAAGAGGUGUGUUGAAAACAAACAUGGUUUGCCUUAUUUUUUGGCCUGGUGAUUUAAUAAAAUCACAAGCGUUAAAAGAGACACUUAAAAACAAGAUAAUAAAAAUGAUUUAAAGUCUUUGAUUACUAAAGGUAGAUCACUUCAUUGUUUUCCAUUGAAUGUCAGCUUUAUUAAGCUUGUUGUAUAAAUGAUUAAAUCAUUUUAUAUUGCAAAAAUGUUCAUCUUAAGAGUUUUAAGGGAAAAUGUAUGCAAAAGAGCAAUGGAAUUUAAUAAAUCAAGGAUAUGGAAAUCCUUUCUUAUCCAACUAGGUGAAUCAUUUCAGGUUUUUUCUAGUACCAGGUGUAUCAGCUCAGACUCCUUCAACCACUUAGAAGAAUGCAGCUCUGAAAUGACACUUCCUGAGACCCUGAUACUGCUCACAACCAUUGUACAGUCUGUGAGGAAACUCUGUGUCCAUUGUGGUAUUUUUUCUUUUACUAGACUUCAGAAAAGAUCUUUAAUAGUGUUCGAAUGCUUUAAAAAAAACAGCUUGUUUUGUAAUGUGCUUUCCACUGAUCAGUUUUUAUCCUGAGCUAAACAGGUAUUAAUCUGUCUUUAGAAUCCAGUGGUUUUUCUUUUAAUCUCAAGGUAAAAUGAAAAUUUCUAUGGCACACAAUCAAAUUUGGUGGUUAAACAUAAUCAGAAAAGAAAAUCCAGUUAAAUUUAUCGAGUGAGAUUUUCAGAUGCUAGACCUUGAAUCAAGCAAAGGCCUUUCUUUUCACCUUGAUGGCUUGAUAGCUUUGUUGGACAUAGUAUUUCUAGCCACCAUCUUUCAUAAUGCAUACUCAUUUACUUUUGUUUUUGGAUGAGGAAGGUCAGGUUUUAUAACUCCUUUCCCCCUAUAAAACCUAUCCAACAAUAAUGCUUUGAAAAGAGGUAAUUAUCAGUUGCCAAUUGCAGAGUAACAUUCUUUUUCUCUGCUUGAUAAAUAUUAAAUAUGCCAGCUCUGCAGUAUUUUAAUGUGCAUUCAAGUUAAUCAUCUUGUGAUAAUAAAACAUACUUAUGUUCUUGUGAUAACAAAAUGAUUUAAUUCCAUAGAUUAGUUCACUUAUAGAAGGCAAGCAAUCACACAUAGAAAAAAAACAUUAAAAUUGCUUUUCAAUCUUUGUAGUUUAAAAUAUUCAGUAUAGAAUAUAAAACAGCUAAGAAAGUAUGCACAAUUCAUUUAUUUUAGAAUUUUCGAAUAAAUUCAUUUUGUAAGUGUGGAGCAAAGAAGGAAAAGUGACAUAACAACUAAUAUUCAUAAAAUUCAAGAAACACAUUUUGGAUGAUGUUUUCAUAGGUCAUAUUUUUAAAAAAUUGGCAGAAUAUGGCAAAAAUGGAUGAGUUUAUUAACUAUAAAAUGUUCUAUAUACAUAUAAUGAUUUCAUGUGGAUUUUUAUUUUUCUGUCCUCUGUAUGGUAAAUAAUUAAAAAAACACUUGAGAUUCUUUGUGUUUUCUAUCUUCUGAUCCUUAAUCAAGCAUACAUUUUGAAAUUGAAAGAGUUCUGAUAUAAGGCAGAAAUUGGAGAUUGCUGGAUUUAUUAGCCAAGUUUACAUUGGCAAUGGCCUUUAUUAGCUAUUUUAGACAAUUCUGCAUAGCUGCAGCUAUAAGAGAAGGCACUGUGAUGGAGAUAGUUUGGCCUUUGUUACAAGAUGGACCAAAGUUUGAAUUCUGGCUCUUCUAUAUUAGGAUAUGUUAGGUAUAUCCAUCCAUUUAAACAUACUUAUUAAGUGCUAUGUGUGCCAUGCACUGUAACCAAGCUCAGUCAUGUUGCUUAAUUCUCUAGUUCAGCGAAACUAGUAUCCUAUAAUAACUUUUUUUGCAAAUUGAUCUGAAACCACGACUAGGAGUGAACUGUACCUAGGCUGCAGCAAUCCCCUCCAUCAUCCAGCUCUCAGGAAUUGAUG